CUCUCUGCUCUCCCCUUAUUUCAUGGUUCAGUGGCCUCACACGGCAGGCAAGGGGAGGUUUUCUCUCGCUGCUCAUUGGUCGCGACUCUCGCAUCUCAGCAACAUUUCCAUUCAUACACCCGGCGCUCCUUUUCAGCCCCUUUCAAAAAUAACUCACUGUCAUCAUUAUUAGAAAACGGCUUUGCCUGGACGGGACUAAUUGUUAAGAAUUGGCGAAGGAGUGAUUUGAUCGAAAACGAUCAAACGACCGAGAGAAAAACGACAGGGCCCAUUGGACACUGAGCACCCUUGGGCCUGUCUGUCAAGUAGACAUGUUUCAAACUGUCCCUGACACGUCGUCUUACGUCAAGGUAAGACACCAUCGUCUCUUCGAUCAGGAGGCGCUAUCAGUGGUGAGUGAAGACCAGUCCCUAUUUGAGCCUCCGUACGCUGCUGCUGCCCCUCUCCCGAAGACAGACAUGACUGCUUCUGGCACACAGGACUACGGCCAGACCCACAAAAUCAACCCCUUACCCCCACAGCAGGAGUGGAUCAACCAGCCUGUGCGGGUCAACGUCAAGAGAGAAUAUGAGCACAUGAAUGGAUCCAGCAGGGAGUCUCCAGUGGACUGCAGUGUGGGUAAAUGCAAUAAGCUUGUGGGGGGUAAUGAUGCAUCUCAGAUGAAUUAUGGAAGCUACAUGGAUGAGAAGAAUGCCCCUCCCCCCAACAUGACAACCAAUGAGCGGAGAGUCAUUGUACCUGCAGACCCGUCGUUGUGGUCUCAGGACCAUGUGCGCCAGUGGCUGGAGUGGGCCAUCAAGGAGUACGGCCUUUUAGAGAUCGACACAGUCAUGUUUCAGAACACUGACGGCAAAGACCUCUGUAAGAUGGGCAAAGAUGACUUUCUCCGGCUCACCACCAUGUACAACGCCGAAGUGCUUCUCUCUCAUCUCAAUUACCUCAGGGAAAGUAGCUCAUCAUUAUCCUACAAUACACCAUCUCACGCAGACCCAUCCCCACGUCUGGCUGCCAAAGAGGACCCUUCAUAUGAUACUGUAAGGCGGACAGGAUGGUCAAACAACAUGCAUAGUGGAAAAGGUUCACCGGUGGUUACACAGAAUGUGACCAAGUCCACUGAGCAGCCCAGACCUCAGCCAGAUCCUUACCAGAUUCUGGGUCCCACCAGUAGUCGCCUAGCCAAUCCAGGUUCAGGCCAAAUCCAACUGUGGCAGUUCCUCCUGGAGCUCCUGUCUGACAGUGCCAACGCUGGCUGCAUCACCUGGGAGGGCACCAACGGGGAGUUUAAGAUGACGGACCCGGACGAGGUAGCACGGCGCUGGGGUGAGCGCAAGAGCAAGCCCAACAUGAACUACGACAAGCUGAGCCGUGCACUGCGCUACUACUAUGACAAAAAUAUCAUGACCAAGGUGCAUGGCAAGCGCUACGCCUACAAGUUUGAUUUCCACGGCAUCGCUCAGGCGCUGCAGCCGCACCCCACCGAGUCCUCCAUGUAUAAAUACCCCUCGGACCUAGCGUAUGUGCCUUCCUACCAUGCCCACCAGCAGAAGGUCAACUUUGUAUCCCCACACCCUCCAUCCAUGCCCGUCACCUCCUCCAAUUUCUUUGGACCCACCGCUCCUUACUGGAGCUCGCCCACGGGAGGCAUCUAUCCAAACCCAAAUGUUCCCCGCCACCCUAACACCCAUGUGCCAUCCCACCUGGGUAGUUACUAUUAAACACCCCAUCCUGACCAUCCAACACCCUCUAAAACCUCUAUUUGCCCACAUCAAAGUCCACAUCGCUGACAUGCACUCCCAAUGACGGCAAACCAAUGAAGACUGAUGAUUGAGGCAUUUCUUCGCUGAAAAAUGUUUGCUCCUAAAUGAAGGAUAAUAAAAUUAAAGGAGAGUUUUUUAUGAUUUGUAAGACUCUAUAAACAACUGGAUGCAAUGGUCCAAAAUGGAAUACUACUUACCUUUACCAGGCUAGCAACUAUUUGUUAAUGCUUUUUGGACGUGCGUCUGAGUUUCCUGUGCCUUUCUCUUUCCCAAUCUCCUGAAAGCUGCCCCUACAGGUGUCUUUUCCAAAACCUCACCAAACCAAAGCAGGACAGGAAAACAACUCAAGUCUGUUUCCCUUCUCGCCAUGCUACAGUACCAGACAUGGGCCUAUUAUUUAUGGGUCUCAAUCUACAUCCUCUUUAGUAUUCCCUUUGCAUCAAGUUUUCUUUCCUUUUCCACUGUCUUCGUCUGCUCGUAUGUCCAUCUGCAUCUUUUUAUGUGCGUGUGUGAAGAGUCUUCCGGAAUUCGCUGGACAAGGAGGAGCUCUCAGUAAGAUGGACUUUUCUCAGCACUGAAUGAAAUUUGGCAACUGGAAUAUGCCAUUCACAAUUUUAUUUAUCCUCCAAACUGGAAGGCUAGAGAAGAGUUAAAUGCCAAAAAGGAAGCGCUGUAUGUUUUGCUGACCUAGGUCUGGGUCAACUUACUUACUUAAAAUGCUUUUUGUGCGUUGUGUGGGGAGUUCAAGAUGGGCAUGUGAAUAGUUGACUCCACUGUGCUGGGGAAGCUGAGUCAAGAUGUAAUUGAAGUAAUUUGCAACAAUAAUUCAACCCAGGUCAGUUGUUUUCAGGGGGCCACACACUAGGCUAUUAAAUGUUUGCCAUGUUGUUGCCUUUCAAGCAAGCCAUUUCCAGAUGUUUUGUUGCUCGACCAUGUCAGUAUUAAUGUGAAUGUCUUCUGGUUUGUGAAACACAUGUAAAAUUAAUACCCAGCAGCAAAAUCUAACUUUGUCAGAUGUUUUUGUUUUGUUUAAUGAAAAAAAAGUUAAUUUUUAACACAUUUGCUGGACACAUCUGCAUCUGAAACAUUAAAGCGUCUUUUUUUGCAGAUGUGAUUAUGUAGAUGUUAUCUACACAAUAAGACUGUAUGUUGGAUUUUUUUUUCAUCCAAAGUGAUUUACAGUGUAUCCAGUUUUAGCACAUGGCACAAUGAGAAACCUAUUCCUCAAGGUGCCUUAACUGCUGUUUAAUACCAUAUAUUUUCUAUUCAUUAUACACAAAACAGCAUUACAUCUUAAAUGGCGUAGUCAGAUAUGUAUUUAUCAUCUCCAUCUCUCACAAGAAAUCUGAAUUUUUUUUAUUUUGAAGUGCACUCUGUCAAUGAAGGCUUCCCCAACGUCUCCUUCUUCUUUGCAGGCCAGUCAGGACCGUAUAGUUAAGCACAGAGAAGUGGCUUAGCAGUCAAGUAAAUAGACAGUUAAGAUGCAUUUCAGCAAGGUUGGAGCCUAGUUUGAGAAGAGCAGCAUGUGUGUUUGAAAGUUAGUUCCUCACUGAUCUAACGCCCAGCAAAAAGCACAUGAAGCUCAAGUCAGGAUUUCAUCAUCAUGUAAUAGUCAAAACAUAUCCAUCUUCUGGUGUUCAGAGCUGUUAAUGGCAAAAGUAUUCGUCUAGAGUAACUGAAAAUGGACACUUGAAAAUAAAUUACUUGGCACUAAGUAGUUUAUCAGAGAACAAAACCAUUAAAGUAUGAUGAGAUGAAACAAAGAAAUCCUCAGAUUCGCAAACGCUGUGCGUUUGUCAGACCUAUUUUUUAUUAUUUUAUAAGCAUCAGUCAACUAGGGAUUAAAGCAACUUACUGUAUAAAUUAUGCAGAGUUAUUUUCAUAUGUGACACAGUAUAAAAAGUCAAGAGAAUUAAUACGAGUUGACCUCGGUCAAAAAUGCAAAACUUUAAAGUCCAUUUCUGCUAAGUAGUUUGUUCCACAUUUAAAGCGUUUUUAUAUCUGUACAUUUGGGCAAUACAUUUUUAACAUUUUUGUUUUUUUAUUGUUAUUAUUUCUAAAAUUUGGUUGUAACAUCCUAAGUGUUUUUAUACGCACGAGAUCUUCUGUUGUAUUCCCAAAACCACAAAUGCCUGUUUGAAUCAAAAUCCAACAGCCAGGAAUUCUGUAUGCUACGUGAUUAUGAUGGAUCUUUUCCAUUGUGAAUCAUGUUUUAUGCCAAAAAACCCUAAAAUUGAUAGCUUUUCCUGAGCAAUAAAUAAUUUCAGGUAUGUCAUUCAAAACAAUACAUUCAGAAUUACAGUAAGAUCCAAAACUAGCUUCUCCCAAAAGUUUAUAGCUUUAAAAUAACAAAAAGGGAACUUAUCAUUUGUAGCUUAAAGAAAGUAUUGUUAUGUACCCUUAACUUCCAUGUUUCACAAGCAUUAUAUAUGAAAAGGGAUUGUGCUACGUCAUAUACGCAAUGUAUUUUGGAUAUCAAAUAUAUAUAUAAAUAUAUAUAUAUAUGUGUAUAAUUUUUCAAUUAACCAAUGUAUUAUUAUUAUUGUCAUUCCUGCAAUGUAUGAAAUUAUACCUUUUGAAAAAGGGCUUUUGUAUAGGAAAAUGUGACAAAAUAAAUGUUUUUACCUCUCAA